CUCUUCUCUCUGUUCCUGUCUUUUCGAUCAUUUGACUUGCUGUGGAAUCUUUCAUUCACUAUAGUCUUGUUCUGUAUUCACCCGAUUUCUUAUUCCCGCCAGCACACGUAACAGUCAGCGAGCGCGCGCGAGCUCGUUCUUUCCUAUAAAGAGCUAGUGAAAAACGUUGCAGUUUACGCUCUCGUUUCACAAAUUUCCAGUGCUUUGCAUUAAUUUCUGAAGAUGCAUAACAAAUGUGUGAUCGUGACCUGUUUAUUAAAAAAAAAAAUUAUCUUUCGAUCGCUUAGUUCCAAAACGUGCAAUCGCUUUGAUAGAACAUCGAGAGGAAAAGAAAGGUUGUGAAAAGUAUUGUCAGUGGUGUUGUGAAAACUAAAUUUUUUUAUCACGUUCUUUAUUGAAUCCACAAAUAUAUUGUUUCGACUUCAUUUUUUUUUGUUCUCAUUGCAUGAAGUCUUUAUUCAUAUCUUUUUGAUAAUGCUUAUAGGUGACUCAUAUUCGUUGGGCUACUGAUUCUAGUAUACCCAGAUAAAGCAUACUAGAGACUACUAUUUUACCCCAACGUAUCUAUAUCAACGGAAGAAUUCUAAAAGAGAGAGAGAGAGAGAGAGAGAAAAUAAAUAUUUAAUUAUUAAUUGAAGAAAAAAGAAGAUAAUCCUGCUCAAUAACCUUUAAUAAUAAUUUGAAAAAAGAUGCAGGCACUCACGAUGCGACGAUGUGGCAAUAAUUAUGAGGAAAUGAAUUCACUAGCUGGUCUUGACCAUAUUCAGCAAAAUUUAUUUUUUCAUCAUGGUAGUAACGAUCCAAGAAGAACUGAUCAGUUUAACGAAGACGGUGAGCUACAAGAAUAUAUUGAUAUUGCCCAAGUGCAACAAUUAUUGCAACAACAAACUCAACAGCCACAACAUCAUCACCAACAGCAAACUGCUGGAUCGUAUCUGUGGAGUGCUGUUUAUCCUCCCCCAUCAACAAAUAUCGCAUAUCAUCAUGGAUAUUACCACCAUCAUCUACCAGGACGUCUAUCAGAAACAAGACUACAAAAAAAAUGAAUUCGAUCAAUCAGAUAUGAUUUGUUCUAUUUAUCAUUCAGAUUAUUGUUGUAUAGUUUUUUCAUUCAAUCUUAUUCAAUCUAC